AUGGCUAAAAUAGGAGAAAAGGAAGGCAAAAUUGGUGACGACUAUUUAGGAGUGGUUAGCUGGGGUGGAGGACAGGGUCAAGGCCGAUGGCGGCAGGUCGGAGGUGGAGGCCGAGGCCGCGACGGCGGGGGCGGAGGGCGAAGCCUCGGGGUUCCGCGCGCAUCCGCCGGCAAGGCUGACCGCCGCACCUGCGCGCUGCCCGCCGGGACAGAUGAAGAUCCCGCCUCGGCUCCCCUAGCGUUGCUCUUGAAGCUGGGGCGGAAGCGGCGCUGGGCUGAGGACUGGUUCAAGGCCGAGGGCGUCAGGUCGGAGUGUUGCCAUACUUUGCCGACCCUAUACUUUGCACAAAUCCUAUCCAACUUGGCUCCAUUUCAGGCUGACUCAGAUAGCCUGAACUUGCAAGGAGACUAUCCUGGCCAAAGGCGGAGGAUGGCCGGCGAGGACGACCUGUGCUUCAACAUCUCGCCGGACCCAAACGGCGUGACAGUAUGCAGCAGUAGCUCUUGGAGGGCGUCUGCGUCCGAUGACUACGGCUGUCGAGCAGCUUCCACGACGAAUGGGUCCUGCGGCCUUGCCAUUCCUCGUAUCGCAGCCGGUGGCAACGAGCGUAGUGGCGCUGGCUUCACGCAGCAAGGAGCAACGCGGCCGGCAUGA